AUGGGGAGAAGGGUAUCGCUUGGAAAAGAGGCCGAGGCAGGAAGAGACAUACGUAGACUAGAAGUUGCAGAGAAUGAAGGAGCAGCUCCUACGAGGGCUUGGUUCAACAGCCUGGAGGCGGAAAGCAUUAAAAGCUUCAGGGACCUCGCCGACAUAUUCAUCAGUCGGUUCAUAGCAGGGGUCUCGGCUAAGAGGAAGACUAGCUAUUUAGAAACAGUCCGGCAAAGGAAAAAUCAAUCAUUAAGGGAGUAUGUGGUUCGUCUCAACACAGAAGCUUUGCAGAUCCCUGAGUUAGAUGAGAGUCGGGCAGUGGAAGCCAUGCAGAAGGGGACCACAUCCCCUGAGUUUUUCAGAUCGCUGUGCAGAAAGCCACCCACUACCCUAGCGGAAUUGAUGAAGAGAGCAGAGAAGUACAUAACGCAAGAUGACACCUUAAUCACCAGCAGGUUUGCUAGGGAGGUCGGGGACAGGGAAAAACAGUGGAAGAAAGAAGGCCGGAGAGACAAGAGAGGCGUAAGAAUAAAGGGCCUGAGGCAUAUAGGCAGCCUAGAACAGGAGAGAUCAACGGGAUACCAGCCCCUGAUCCCUGAGGGAAUUACUCCUCUAAAUGCAUCCAGAGCCGAAGUACUCAUGGUAGUACAGGACAAGGACUUCGUCCAGUGGCCUAAGCCCAUGAAGGCUGACGCUAGUCGGAGGGAUCCUAACAAGUAUUGCCAAUACCACCGGACCCAUGGCCAUGAUACCAACAGCUGCUAUCAAUUGAUCAGCGAGAUAGAGAGGCUGAUAAAGAAGGGGCAUCUCCAGAACUUUAUGAAGAAACCAGAAGGAGAGAGGCCCCAGCAGAAUGCCAUAGCAGAGAGGCCCUGUAGAUAA